CUCGGAUCGUUCAGCAGCUCUCUGCUUCUCUCUGCACUCGCCUUCUCUUCUUCUCUUCGUCUCUACUUCUCUACGUCCUGCCUUCAUCCUCCAGCCGCCGACGUCAGGGGAACGUUUCAAUCCCCUCUGAUAUUCAGGGUAAUCUGAUUAUGAAGAUUUCCUCUGAGACGCCUUUUUGUCAAUGACAGCUAAGAUGGAGACACCUUUCUACCACGAUGACUCCCGCUUGGCUGAAGUCGUCCCCGGCUUCAGCCAGAUCGCAGAAUACGAGCGUUACCCGGGAAGCAAGAUGCUGAUGAAUAAGAAGGUCAUGUCAAUGGUGGGCAGUCAUCACUUCCCAGGCGGUGGUGCAGCAGGAGGAAGGGGCGGGAACCACCACAACCUUGGGCUCGCCGGCAACAGCUCCUUGAUGACAUCAGCGGCGCCAUCGACGGACAUGAAUCUGCUGAAGCUGGCGUCCCCUGACCUGGAGCACCUGAUCAUCCAGUCCAACCAAGGACUGGUCACCACCUGUCCCGUGUCGAACUCCAACAAUCCCUUCAUGUACCGCAACCAGGCCACCAACGAGCAAGAAGGAUUUGCUGAUGGCUUUGUCAAAGCGCUCGCAGACCUUCACAAGCAGAACCAGCUGGUGGGAGGUGGCUCCAUGUCCCCGUCCUCGUCCUCCACCGUCUCCCUGCAGACAUCCUACCAGAGGAACCUGAUGUCCAGCGGAGACAUGCCCGUCUACACCAAUCUCAGCAGCUACAACCCAGGCCAGGUGACGUACCCUGUGGGGCAGAUGGCGUACGGUAGCGCCUCAGGCCAUGGUGGUGGUGGAGCCCCUCAACACCACACCCGAGGCAUGGACGCCCCUCAGACUGUCCCUGAGGUGCCUCAACCGCCGGGCGACCCCACAUCCCCGCCCUCCCUCUCCCCGAUAGACCUGGAGACACAGGAACGGAUCAAAGCAGAACGCAAGAAGCUCCGCAACCGUAUCGCCGCGUCCAAGUGCCGCAAGCGGAAGCUGGAGCGGAUCUCGCGGCUUGAGGAGAAGGUGAAGGUUCUUAAGAACCAGAACUCGGACCUGGCCUCCACCGCCGCCAUGCUGCGGGAGCAGGUUGCACAGCUAAAACAGAAGGUCAUGAGUCACGUCACCAACGGCUGCCAAAUCGCUGUUGGCUCGGCCACUGCAAAGUCUGGAGGAGGAGGGGGAGGCACCGGCAGCGAGGACUCCAGCUGCUGAGGAGGCGGGACACCAGGAGAAUGUGCGUGGGAAAAUAAGCCGAUAGGUCGAGAGGCCGAGGGUUUACUUUGACCAUUUUGUCGUUUUGCUCGAACUCUCGGUCGGAGCGAGGCAGAGAGCGAGACGUCAGUGACGCCUCAACAGGACAGAUGGACGUUUAACGGGAUUUAUGUAGCCCUGUAAACCGCUGUCAAUCACCCAGCCAGAGGGGGGCGGGGCUUAGAGGAGAGAGAGGAGACAGAAGCACAUGAGCUAAGUUGUGACGUUGAAUUUGACAGGUGAACUACAUUUACUGACAAAUUUCCAAUUUUUAUUUUCAGAUGUCAUCUCAGUAAAUAAACUGGACUGGAAAGAAUGGAAACAAUGUUCCACCACUGAUUUUAUUCUAAGUUACAGUAAAAAUAUUGUUUGAAUAACUAACAUGUUAAAAUAAUUUUUUACAGUGUGAU